AUUUAAAAAGAAAAUUCAGAGUAGGAAAAUUUUAUUCAACAAUACAAAACGGAUAAAGAAGUAGCGAUGGUACGAAAAAUAAAGUUUUAAAAAGAACAUGCAGUUCAAAAAAGUUACAUCUGUUUGAGAAAAAUAUAUUCAUAGAGUAAUAAGUAGAACGUGAUAUUUGCAAAACAUUCCACGUACAUGUGUAUUUUUUAAGCAUCAUGUAUCUAUGUAUACCUGAUUAAAAGAUUUACUCAUCAUGUGAUUAUAACUAAAAAGAUUUCAAUAAUUUCUCUGUUCAAGGAAAUAUAACUUAAUAAAUGUAUAAUAUAGCGGUAAUACUAGAAAAAAGUUAUAGGAAUACAUCAAUUUUAGUUAGAAAAAUGUCCAGUACAACUUUUAACAAAGAAAAAGAUAAUCCAGUAGAAUUUUCAAUAAAGGAAAAAUUGACAGAUUCUUUAAAUCCAUCUCAUAUUGAAAUUAUAAAUGAGUCAUAUAUGCAUAAUGUUCCUAAAGGAUCUGAAACACAUUUUAAAGUAAUUGUUGUUUCUGAUAAAUUCAAAGACAUAUCACUAAUUGAGUUACUGCCAACCUGUCUUCUGAAACUUUAAGCUGUGGUGCUCGAUCAUGUAAAGCAAGUAAAACAGUACUUGGACUUAAUGCUCUAUAUAGCCAGCCAGGAAUAGGAUGUUCGAGAGGAUAUCCAUGCGCAGGUAAUUUAGGAGCUGUCAUAUCAGAACCUCUGCCCUUUUUGCCAGGUCCUGUACCUGCUCCUUCUCCCGGAAACUUACGUUUCGCAUUGCGUCCACGAAAACCACCACUAAGUGGUACUGUAUAUGCCAUAUUUAUGUUUAUUAAUUACGUAAUUAUUUAAUUAAUUAAUUAUUAAUUAGUCAUUAUGGAAAAUGUAAAAUUGCAUAAAGAUACAUAACGUAAAAUAAGAUUUGAAACAUUCAACUUUGUUUAGAAUAAAACUAUCAGUCUAAAUUAUAACAGCCUUUUACUAUAUAUUGAGAACAUGAAUUACAAUUCAUGUUACAUUGAAUUACAAUACAUUGUAGAAUUUGUUAAAUGACUUAACCUAUUUAAGUCAUAGACAUUCUACGAUUAAGCAGAUUGUUGUGUGAUACCAUGAUACUGAUUAAUAUCUUGAUAAGAUAAGAAGUAACUAAAACAAAACAGAAUAAACUAACUAUUAAGAAUUUGUAGAUAAAAACAGAUAUGAAUACAUUACUAGGAAUAUGCAGUAAUCUAAUAAAAAAAUAAGAACUAUAAGUAACUAUAAUGUUGAAUUUGUUAAUAGAGCUAUAUUUCUGGUUCAGUACAUAAUGUAUGAUUCAUAACUAAACUUACCAACAUGCUGAACACCCAUUUCAGUUACUUUUAAAUGACCACCUUUAAUCAUUGCUUCAUAAUUUGGUUUAAUCAUUUGAAGGUCAGAACAUAUAAGUCCAAAUAACUGUCCAUCUGAACUACUUUCGUCAAUAGUGAAUAAUGUUCCAACAUCUUUCAAUAGUGCUCUAUGUAUCUGUUAUAUAUAUAUAUAUAUAUAUUAAAUAUGUUAAAAUAUCAGUCAUUUUUACUUCUGAAUAUAAAAUAAUUUUAAAUCAUUUUUAAGAAUAUAUAAUUAAAAAUAAUUAUAUAAUAUAUAAUCAAAAUAUCUCAAAAAUGUCGCUUAUUUUUAUAAUUAUAUUCAAUUAAUUAAAUUAUUUAGUUGUAGAUUUGA